CGCUGCUCGACCCAGGCGGGGUUCCAGAGGAAGACGACGAUUGGGACGUCGAAUUGGGGGACUUUGACAAUGAACCUCUGGGCGACGACGAAGACGGCGACGAGGACGGCGGGGAAGGAGACGAGGAUGGAGAAGCAGCGCCAAGAACUCCUGACGUGGGCAGCGGCCCAAAAAAGAGGCCUACCGCUCUUCAUUCGGGCAGGAUCCAAGCAGCCGGCCAUGUAGCAUAUUCCCUGGAAUAUGUUCGGUCCCCCAGGCUGCGGAAAGCCAUCCAACGCACCGUCCAGAACUACCAAAAAUCGUUUGCCUAAGAUGCUGCCGAGCACUCCUUGCCCAUGCCGGAGACGCUCGGUUUUGACCAAUACCACGACAUGCACAUGCCAGAGGAGCAAUCCGACAUCGAGCAAGGAGUCUUGCGAGCGAAGCCGGCCAUGAGUGGCAAGCUCGCUGGGGCCAUGAAGCGGCCUGCGGCCGUGUCUAAGAAACCAGCGGGGAAGGGCCAAGAGUUCGAGCUGCCAGCUGGCUGGUGGACGUCCUCCAAGAUCCGCAAAACAGGGGAUUCAGCAGGCAAGACUGAUUAUUAUUGGCAUUCUCCAGGUGGGAAGGUGUUCGACAGCAUUCCUGCAGUGAGGAGGCACUUAGAGGCCAGCUGAGUCGGCGCUCGGGUUUCGGAGUCCCUUUGAAAGCACAGCGAGCGGAUGGCCGCGCGUUCUCCCCGCGCGAAAGAUUGCGCGCGCCC